AUGUCUUCGGCGGUCGGAGUAACCAAACUCGAGGCUGCCUUGCGAGAUGUCAAAUCGAUGUUUCCCGGAACCAUCCUAGGAACGUUUCUUUUCGGGUCAUUCACAUUGUUACUGGCUCUCUCUGUUCAUAUUCUUAGGCAAAGAGGCUUACGCACUCGGGCGUACGCGGUCAUGCUCACCCUCGUAGUGCUCAUGUACGCACUUGCAGCAACGUCAUGGGCCAUUCUUGUCUCCUCCAUACUACAAGUUGUCGGGCUGCCUGAGGUGUACGCGAUGCAGAAUGCCGCCCCACUGAUCAUCAAGGAUAAGACCCUUCAAUGGUGCCUAGGGCUCAAUGUGUUCAUGAGCGACAUCAUCGUAGCGUGGAGAACAUGGUCUCUAUGGUCGACUAGCAACAGAGGAAGAUGGAUAGGAUUGAUUGGGUGCUUGUUACUGUUCGGAACAGCUGCGGCGGGAUGUGUCGAUUUGGCUAUGUUCAGCUUCCGCACCAUCAUCCCAGAGAAGCAGUACGCUAGUACAGAGCUCGGGUACGAUAACGAGCCCUCCAUCGUAUACGCGAACUUCAGCGGCGAGCUGGGGGUCAUCUUCAGCGCCAUCUUGAAUGUGUCGUGUGUGCUGCUCGCUGCUGUCAAAACAUGGCAGCUCGAGAGGAUUCAGAAGCCUAUCGGCCGCCGUCUCACUGAGAAUCGCGUUGGCAUGAUCCUGCUUUUGUUGGUGUCAUGCGAGCUGGCAUACUGCGUGUUUUGGGUCUACUGGAUCGUAGCCGGCAUCUACGAAACUCAGAAGGUCGACUCCGAUACCAUUAACUUGACGUUCUUGAUCGCCAACAACACUGCUGCCGCGCAAAUCACCGGCAUAUAUCCGACCUUCGUCGUCGUGUGCGUAUCCUUGCAGAAACACGACGAAGAGGACAACGUGCCAUCAAUAGUAUGGCAACCGCACGCUCGAACUGCCUCGCUACCUCUCGCUUUUGACAUGAACGUCGUUCGUCCGCCCGCUGAAGCGUUGACAAUACCUCUUGAGCUCAUACGCUGCUCACGAACGAGCCUGUACAGUGAGACAUUGGGCGAGGGAGUCACACGUGAAUCCAGGAGCUGA